CACAAACUGGCGUCUGCUAGGCAGCCCAAAUCUGCUCAGCGACUUUGCCCCUUUUUGUAGGAGGUCAUGUCUACAAAUUAAGUGCUGGGCGAACGCCUUGUUGGGAAAGCUGAUUUUUAAUUAGAGCCUGCUUGCCGCCACGCUUGUUUUUGCUUUCGCGAGUCCGUGUCAGAGAUGGGGAUGUGAUGCUGAUGCAGGGGAGAUUGCGCUGAUCCCUAUCUCUCUCUCUCUCUCUCUCUCUCUCGCCCUUCUCUCUCCCUCCCUCUCUCACUCUCACACUCUGUCUCUCUUUCUUUCUCAGUCACAUACUUCUGAGCGCUCUGUUAUUUAUCCGUGUCUCCCAUCCCGCUGCUGGAUGAUUACAUUUCUCGUAUUGGUGAUACAUUUUAAGUCUUUUAUUUGCACUCAAACUUCUCACGAUGACUGACUCUUCAGCUCCAGAUCUGUUAACUGCCCCGGACCCUGUCAUCUUGGAUCCUUCAGCCAGAAACGGCCAGUGCGCACCUCCGGAGCACAGCCAUCCAGCUAAGAGAGGAAGCCCCGGAGACCAUCUAAAUAUGGACCUGGACCAUGAAAUGAAAAUAAGUGAAAGUGUGCAAUUCAGCGACGGAGUGGAAAACAGAGGGUUGCUUGAAAGCAGCACGCGGCUCAAGCCUCACGAAGCUCAGGGCUACCGAAAGAAAGCAUUAUGGGUCUCCUGGGCUUCCAUUGUUGUCACAUUAGUCCUGGCAGUGGCAGCUUUCGCUGUUUCCUUCAUGAGAUACAGCGCUUCAGCCUUUGGAUUUGCUUUUGAUGCCACCCUGGAUGUGCUUUCUUCAGUCAUCGUUUUAUGGCGUUACAGCAAUGCAGCAGCUGUGCACUCAGCACACCGGGAAUACAUUGCAUGCGUCAUCUUAGGAGUCAUCUUUAUCCUGUCAUCCCUCUGCAUAAUGGGCAAAGCGAUCCAUGAUCUGGCAGUAAAACUGCUUCCAGAAGUGGGUGGCUUCCUCUUCAGUGUCUCCAUUUUGAGUGGGAUCCUUUGUGUCAUUCUGGCGGUGGUGAAGUUCAUGCUGGGGAGGAUCUUGACCAGCCGAGCUCUCAUAACAGACGGUUUCAAUUCCCUUGUUGGUGGAGUAAUGGGUUUCUCCAUAUUAAUCAGUGCAGAGGUCUUCAAGCAUAACCCGAAGGUCUGGUACCUGGAUGGGACUACAGGAGUUCUGAUCGGACUUAUCAUUCUUGCAUAUGGCAUCAAGCUGCUUUUGGAUAUGGUGCCUCGUGUAAGACAGACUCGACACUAUGAAACGUUUGAGUGAGCCAAGUGAGAGGUAAUGGGGGCCUUUCACCUUGUACAUUUCUAAAGACUUGGAAAACUGAUCAACAAAGACCUUAAGGUGCAAGUAGUGUUUAAGUUACAAUGCAGUCCAUCAUUGCUGCGAUACACUUCAUUUGUCCAAACCAGUAUGUUAUUAUGUCAUUGAUAUCAAAGUUCAGACGGUGGGCCACAGGAGAGUUUUCAGCGCCAAUCAUGCUUGAAAAGUCCCAGAUAAGAAGCUGGCCUAAACGACUACAGAGCCAUCCAAGUGAGCCCAAUGGAUGUUCCACCUAUUGAUAAUUUCUGUUUGUAUGAUCUAAUGUGAGUGUCUAAGAUUGCAUUCUAGUGCCGAUGAUAAUAUUUAUAAUGAUUUGAGUUUUAUUUAAAUAAAAUACAGAGCAGUGUCUUAAUAGCAUAUAUAUACAUAUAUGAUUUAUAUUUAGCUUAACAUGUUCUCCUCUGAGAAAUGUAGUCAAAUCUUUUAUUUUUUUACUGUAAUAAACUCCCUUGCCUCCAUGUCUGCCUCCUGCACAAUGAGAUUUUCUAGGUUGCUGACCGUGUGAGGCUGCUGUCUUCAAGCCUGGUUACAAUGUUGCUCUCAGGAGGCCUGCGUAUCUAUAGCAACUAGAGUGUCACGGGGGCUACUGGAUGCUAGCCCCUGAGAACAGUAUCUUUUAAACCUUUUGUCAUUUUGUACAGUACUUGUUUUAUUUAAAUAAUAUAAAUGCAUAAUAUAUAGCAUAUGUGUGCAGCUGAGCCAUCAGACAGCAAACUCAGUCACAGAGUUCAGAGGAUACUCACAGUAUUAUCAUUAAGUUUCACCAUAUUUGAAGUAGUGUGCAGUUUCUCCAAAGAAUCAGAAAUGUAAUUUUAAGCAUAAGUGACAUGCAUUGCAAUAAAUUUUUAGCAGAAAACAGCGCACAGAAGAAAAAAAUAAAGUUGUCUACACACCUGAGUAGUAACUUUCCUUAUACUCAGAAAAUGUGACCUUUAUGAUUAUAGUCUUGCCUGCAAAGUUAAACCUGAAAAAAGAGAAAAUCCAUUACAUUAUUUUACUAUUUCAGUGCCAAAAUCUAUGCUCAAUGGUCAAUGCUUCAGGAAUCACAGUAAAGGAUUCAUGUCCACACUCCCAAGGGCAAAUGAGUUUGAAGAAUUGGAUAUGCAUUUCAAAAAAAUGUCAGUCACACUUCUCACUGAAGACUUCCCCUCUUAAAAAACUCAACUAUUAAAUAUGUAACCUUUUUACAUGCCAUAACAAUUAAGAUAGAAUAUUAACUUGGGAUCUGCUGUGUUUAAAAUUUAGAGGUAUGAUCUAUUUCAGGGGUCAACAAGUCCGGUCCUGGAGGACCACCGUGGCUACAGCUUUUCAUUCUAGCCCCUUUUUUAAUGACUGCCCUGUUUGUGCUGCUAAUUUAUGUCUUGUGAAUUCAUUUUAAUUGAAUUGCUUUUUUAAUAUUUGUCCCACCUGAAUUUCUUCAUCAUUCCUCUGCUUCAUUUCUUUCCUUAAAUGGCACCCAAACAGAAAUUAAAUGUGAAGUGAGGGAGCCAACAGAAGACCAACUAAGUCAGGGCCUCAAACAUCCAACCAAUUUCACUCCAACCAGCUGCUUAAUGAGUUGCCAAUUCCUGUCGUUAAUUAAACCCGUUCUUUAAUUCCGUGGCUUAUUGCUGCUCUCGUGGUGCAUUAGCAGAAAUUUCCGAAAUUGUUGAUUUUCUCUUUUUAACAGCUCUGGUUAAAAUGUUUUGUGGACCUGAGUAGAUCAACAUUCCUGAGACCUUCAUCUUUCUUUAUUUUCAGAUAUUGUAUGAUGUGACACCAGUUGUUUUGGCUCAUUUUGUAUCUUAUUAUUGUUUGGCUGCUAAUUAAGGAAAAAGAAACAAUUAAGGGGUCUGAGUCUUCAAGAACAAGUCAAUUAAAAUGAGUUCAAAAGAAGUUAAUUAGCAGCAAAAACAGGUUACUCUUAAACAAAACUGUUAGAAUGAAAACCUGCAGCCAUGGUGGUCCUCCAGUACCAGAGUUGGCAACCCUUGAUCUAUUUAAUUUAAUGCAGUAUCAAAAACAAAUUCAAUAGUUUGUAACAGUCAAACAAACAAACAUAUAUCACAUAACGUAGACUGUGGAGCGCACAUGGAGAUCGUACAGAAAAGCUGAACCAGACCACACAUUUCUGCAAACUACAGUUUUUAGUGUGGCCCAGAAUCUCAAAUAAGAAAAAGUACAAGAUUUUAUAUAACAAAAGAAAUGUAACAGAGAUUUUCAGAUUAUUCUACCCAAAUCUCAAGAUGUUCAUGUUUUGUGCUAUAAAAGCAUAUUGAGUACAUAAUGCAGUAAAUGUCAGUAUAUUUGGUUAACUUGACAUUUGCUCUGUAUACUCAAGCCAGAUGACCAUUAAAAAAAAUCAUUUUUGCUGGCUUUGAGGGAAAAUAAGCAUACAACUACAGCCAAGUGCAGAGAAGUUCAACACUUUGCUUCUUCUACUGGUACCUGGUGCCGAUAAUCAUCAUUUAAAAUAAUAAAGGUUUUUAAUUUUUCAAAGCACAACUGCUGAGGUUUGCCAAAACAGACCAGAGUUAAUUCAGCCUGUUUAACAUACUUUACAGAGAGCAAUUCUGACUUAGACCUUAAGAGCAGUAGACACAUAAAUUAUGUUGUAUUUGAAAAAAAGUAAAACAUCAAUAAUCACUUACAUUGACAAUAAAGUAUCUGUUAGCUAUAAACUGCCUGUUUACCUGUACACAAAUGUAACUUACUGUCAGGUUAAGUCUUCUAUAUUGAUGUAUUCAUACAAUUAUAUAAAAAGAUUGUUGAUCAGAGAGAGAGGAAUCAAUGUGAAAUGUUUCAACAGUUUAUUAUGAAUGAACAAAAUCUGUCAUUGUUAUUUAUUAUUCUGUAAAUUUUAUUUUGCAUUUUCUGUGUUAUUAAAAACUUUGUGCAACAGAGAAAUGACAACUUACCACUCACAGGGUGCAGCAUUGAAUUUCUCCCACUGUCAAAAUAAAACAGAAGGCGCGGCAUCUGUGUUCAGAUACAGAGAUAUGCAACAUAACAGAUACACAUCCCACUGAUAUGCACAUGCAGCUCAAGGUUCAAGCAUUUUCUUUGUUUGGUUGUAUUUCAGAAAACAAGGUAUUGCUCAGCCUCGUGAGAGAUUGCUUUACAAUGUCCCAUUUUGAAGAAUAAAAAAUGUCGGCUACAGAUAUCAAGACAAUAACACAGUGUCUUCUAAGAGGUUACAGCACAAAGCCUGAUGUUAUAUGAAAUAUUUGUUUACUGUUUCAUUCUUCUCUCAAUGUGCACAGCACAAUUCAGUCUGCUUA